AUGCCAGCAAAGAAAGCGACGACUGUCAAGAAGAUGAAAACAGCUCCCAAGUACGCACAAUUCCGCUUUCGACUCGCCGCCUUGCUGGACCAGGGCAACUUACACAAACUCUCCCCCAACGGCACAACAAUGAUCCGACUGAAAACGAAGGCAUCGCAACAAAAAGCCACCACUAGCUUUCUCCUCCUUGGCAUCAGCCGCCCGCCCCAACCACUCCCCCCCAAAAUCAACAAGUCUCUCGGCAAAAUGUUAACCCUCACCCAACGCGCCGGAUCGCGGCUGCUCCUGCAGCGCCCCGCAGCAUGCGGAUGGCAACGGCGCUUCUUCUCGCCGCGCGCCGUGCACGCGCGCGUCUUCCCCGCGACGCUGCACCACUACCGGCGUGCGGCGGCCGCGCCUGUGCUGUUUGACCGCGGCGGCGGCGGAAGCAGCAGCCACCUCGAUGAGUAUGGCGGCGUGGAGGUGGCAGCGGACGGUCUCGUCUAUCCAAAGGCGGAGCGGGACGGGUCGAAUGGGGCGACGGUGCUCCCCAACACGUUUAGCAUGCAGGAAUUUACGCGCAACCGGUAUGAUGAGUGGCUGGACAGCCGCGAUGCUGGGCAGGCCGAGGAGGUGCCACAGAUUUACACGAUUUCCAAAGCGACUCCAAUACCCGAUGAUCUCAUCCUUAUCUACGAGCAUCUCGCUUGGUUCAGCCUCCAGCCAUCACGCGGAAUGCCGCUACACGAGCUCAACCAUGUACUCGACGAAUUCUUCCAACGGAUGGCCCGGAAAGCGUCCGUGGAGGCGUGGCUGGCCGCGCACCCAUUCGAGGAAGCGAGCGACAAUGCGGAGGCUGGCUGGAUGCACGUCUAG